GCGUAAUGGCACAGCUUCCUCAAGACUAUCUCAACGCCUGUGAUGCAGCUCAGUGUCGAGAAGCUUACAGUGGAAGAGCAUACCAAACGGGAGCCACCUGCCGGGAGCAACAAUACUAUGACGAGUGUUUGUUAAGGACAGCCGGAACAGUGGGUACAAUAACUAAUGAUGCGCAGUUCCAAGAGUUUCUGUCGAGAGUUCCGAUAGCGCGGCUACCAUACUGCCCAAAGGAUUUCAUUGCUAUAAGUCAGUUGUUGACAGGCGAUCUACUGAUGUCGAUCAGAGAAGUACUCACUAGACAAGGGUCAGAGACAC